AUGGUUAGAUUAAGAUAUCGAAGAGUCAUAAAUGAAGCUUGUAAUUACCUUGAAUUGCAAAGCCGGUCCUUUCGAACACACACAAAUAUAAGGGCUCAAGACAAGAAGGCCGAGAUUACCUUAGAAUCUUUGAUUAAAGAUAUCACCGACGAAGCUAAAGCUAACGAUUCUACGAGAACAAUCUACGGCCAAGCUUUAUACGGAAAUAAAUCCAACUCUAUAAACAAUUUAAGUGGAUACAACAAGUCGAAGGCUCAAUUGCUAGCUGACAAGAGACUUGAUUACAAACACUGUAAGCAGCCUAAACCUUUACACUCCCUCGAGGAUUGCUUCGUUAUUAAUAAAGAGCUACGAGAGGCGUUUGAAAAGAGAACUAGCAAGAAGUCAGUCCUUUACUUCCAGCGCAAAAGAGGAAACAAAAAGAAGGACGAUGAGGAGGUCGAUGACGAGAUCUUUAGCUUCGCACUCCUUCUUAGCUUAGACUCUACCAACAAUUCUAUCAAUUCAACCUUACACAAAGACCGUUGGCUCUACGAUACUAAAGCAAUUGAUCACGUGUGCAACGAUCCAUCUAAGUUUUUUGAGUAUAUAGCUAGAGAUGAUCUCCCUUUUAUGAGCAGUUUGAGUAGCUUAAUUCGACCCUUCGGUAUUGGAACUUGUAUCAUUAAAUCCUUUAAAACCAAUAGAAAAAGAGUGCUUAAGUGUUAUAAUACGCUCUACGUCCUUUAA